AUGACCGUUGGGGAUCCUCAAGAUCAGCGCUCUGCCCAGAAUUGCGUGCUUCCCGGAGUGAAAUACCUUCCAGAGUUCAUCUCUGAUAGGAGGAAGAAGAAGCAUACAUCAUUCGAAAAAUCCAAGAAUCGUCGCAACAGAAAUGGAAGGUGCUCGCGAACCGACGGAGGGGAAGUGACAUCUAAAGGGAUACUCUACGGCCAGCCACUGCCCGACUUCAUUCGUAAAUUUCCAGACAUCAUUUCGAGAAUCAAGGAGACGGGCGUCUUCGCCGACUCUCCUCACAAGGAACCCAAUCACGUCAUUAUGAACGAGCCUCACGAAGACGGGCCCAUAUACCACCCUGUGGUUGCCACACUGACCUUAGGCUCGCAAUGUGUCUUUCAUUAUUAUCAAUACAAGGAUCGUGGAGAAGAGUCGCCCACUGAUUCUUCCGCCUCAACCGGCAAAGGUCGCCCCAUCGAUCCAAAACCGGUUCACUCCCUUCUCCUCGAAAGGCGAAGCCUUGUCAUCUCUUUCGGUGACUUGUAUACAUCCCAUCUACACGGCACGACUCAGACGCCGCCAGGUAGCAGCGGAGUGGAGUCAACAGCAACUCGGAUAGAUAACUUUCAUUUGCUGCGGGAUGAAGGCCUAAAGGAAGCAAUCCGUCAGGGCCAAUCCAUCAAGCGAGAGACCAGGUGGAGUUUGACCUGUCGAGAUGUGUCUCGUACUGCCAGUCUUGGAAUUCGCUCUCUUCGAAUAGGAUAG